UCGGAUCCCCCCGACCCCCACCAUCCGUCCCAUGUGCACCCCCUCCACGAUCCGACGGCCCCGCCUCGCCCCAAUUCAAAACACCCCCUCGUCCUCCGCUCCCCACACACAUCUGCUAGCAGCCAAGCAGAGCAGCGCCCGCCCGGAGAGAAAUAAAUUCCGAAGGCCGUCUCCCCAACGACUCGCUCGAAACUGCGCGGCGCGACGCCAGAGGGACCUGUCGGACGCGGCUCGCUCGCUACAAGUGCAGCCCGGCCGUGCAGCAGCGGCGGCGGCGGUACUAGCACUCGUUGGUUUCUUCUCGCUGGCGGUCGGCGCCGGGAGGAGGGCCGGAGCAGGGGCGAGCGGGGGCGCGUCCAGCGGAGGCGAGCGGAUCGCAGGGCGAGAUCACAAGGCGCGGUGUUGUAACUGGUGCGACCAGGAAAUGAGCUUGCACAGCUGUCCGGCCGCGGCCGGGGACGCGCCGACCGGGACGGCGGAGGACCUGCUCGAGCGGGCGCGGGGCCUGGUGCCGGCGGCGCUGGACGCGGCGCGCGCGGCGACAGGGUUUGGCGCGCGGUGGAAGGCCAUCGCGGCCAGGCUGGAGAGGGUGCCGCCGUGCCUGUCCGACCUGUCCAGCCACCCCUGCUUCUCCAAGAACGCGCUCUGCCGGGAGCUGCUGCAGUCCGUUGCUGCCACCCUCGCCGAGGCAGCCGAGCUCGGCGUGCUCUGCCGCGAGCCGCCCAAGGCUGGCAAGCUGCAGAUGCAGAGCGACCUCGACGCUCUCGCCGGGAAGCUGGACCUCAACCUCCGGGACUGCGAGCUGCUUGUCAAGACCGGUGUGCUGUCAGAUGCGACGGUUCCGUCUCCUCCGGCUGAGGCGGCGGCGGCAGCGGCCUCGCAGACGGACGUGCGGGAGCUGCUCGCUAGGCUGCAAAUCGGGCACGCCGAGGCGAAGCACCGGGCUGUGGAGGGCCUCCUUGACGCGCUGCGCGAGGACGAGAAGAGCGUGCUGUCGGCGCUCGGCCGUGGCAACGUGGCCGCGCUGGUGCAGUUGCUGACGGCGACGGCGCCCAAGAUCAGGGAGAAGGCGGCCACCGUGCUCUGCUUGCUUGCCGAGUCCGGCAGCUGCGAGGGCUUGCUGGUGUCGGAAGGCGCGCUGCCGCCGCUCAUCCGGCUGGCGGAGUCCGGCAGCCUUGUUGGCCGGGAGAAGGCCGUCAUCACGCUGCAGCGUCUGUCCAUGUCACCCGAGAUUGCCCGCGCAAUCGUCGGCCACAGCGGCGUCCGUCCACUCAUCGAAAUCUGCCAGACCGGGGACUCCAUCUCGCAAUCCGCGGCGGCGGGCGCGCUCAAGAACCUCUCCGCGGUGCCGGAGGUCCGGCAAGCGCUGGCCGAGGAAGGCAUCGUGCGCGUGAUGAUCAGCCUGCUCGACCGCGGCGUCGUGCUGGGCUCCAAGGAGUACGCGGCGGAGUGCCUGCAGAACUUCACGUCCAGCAACGACAACCUGCGGCGCGCCGUGGUGUCCGAGGGCGCGCUGCCCAGCCUGCUCGCCUACCUCGACGGCCCGCUGCCGCAGGAGUCCGCCGUGGGCGCGCUCCGCAACCUCGUCUCUGCCGUCUCGCCGGACAACCUCGUGUCGCUCGGCGUGCUCCCGCGGCUCGCGCACGUGCUCCGCGACGGCUCCGUGGGCGCGCAGCAGGCGGCCGCGGCUGCCAUCUGCAGGAUCUCCAGCUCCCCGGAGAUGAAGCGGCUGGUGGGCGACCACGGGUGCAUGCCGCUGCUGGUGCGGCUGCUGGAGGCCAAGUCGAGCGGCGCGCGGGAGGUGGCGGCGCAGGCGACGGCGACCCUGAUGAGCUGCCCGGCGAACGCGAGGGACGUGAAGAAGGACGAGAAGAGCGUGCCGAACCUGGUGCAGCUGCUGGACCCGAGCCCGGGGAACACGGCCAAGAAGUACGCCAUCUCCUGCCUCCUGGCGCUGUCGGCGAGCAAGCGGUGCAAGAAGCUGAUGAUCGCGCAGGGCGCCAUCGGGUACCUGAAGAAGCUCUCCGAGAUGGACGUCGCCGGCGCCAAGAAGCUGCUCGAGAAGCUGGAGCGUGGCAAGCUGCGCACCCUGUUCACUAGGAAGUAAAGCAAGGAGAAGCGUUCUGUUUUGCCGUGAACCUGUAAAAAGAGCCGCCGUCCUGUGUUCAUAGCCUCUAUGAAGGCAGUGCAGACUGCAGAGAGUGGUACUGUUGUUGCCGAUUUGAACCUUUUAACAUACCUCGCGUUGUAGUAUCGCUGGUUAAUGUGCAUGUCACCUAUGUCAGGCAGUCGAUGCAUUAGUUCUUUAACUUAGGCUGAAGAAUGCCAAUAAAAGAGUGUUCAGUGAAGAACAUUUGCCGA